AUGUCAGAUCACACUCUCGCUAGAAUUGCUCGUAGGCUGAGCUCGCUCCCGUCAAUCGCCUUACCUACGGACUACCCGCGUCCAUCUCAUUCGGCGAGUAAAAAAGUGGUUGAAGCUUCUAUUGACGUCAAUCUCAACCAUCGCGCCAGUCUUGCCCUUGCUCGACUAUCACUUCAUGAAGAUGGCAGUCCCGAUCCAAACUCUAGUUCCGAGAGACCCAACCCGCCAAGCCCAUUUCAUAUCCUCUUGGCCACCUUCCUGGCCUUGCUUCAUCGAUAUACGGGAGAGACAGAUAUAGUUGUCGCUACUUCGAGCCGAUCCGCUGAUCACCCAGAUCCAUUGCUUCUGCGGGCUGAACUCCCGCCAGAACGAUCUUUUUGGGGACUCGUUCGAGGAAUAGAACAACUUGAAAAAGAAGCGGAGGCCGAUCAUGUUCCUUUUGAAACGCUGCUACAAACCGUUGGCCAGCGCGAAAAUGAUACCCGUGACUCUCCCUAUACCCCGCUCUUCCGCGUUCGCUUCUUGGAUGCAAUGGACCAGACCGAAUCUCACUUCAUCAACUCCACCUCAAUGACGACCGACCUGACGAUCAUCGUCAAGUCUUCUGUCCCAUCAACUCCUCUGGUGUCCUCACAUGAACCUAUGUUCCCUCGACCAAUAUCGCUGACCUUUUUAUACAACUCGCUCUUGUUCACAUCAACUCGGAUUCACCUCAUGAUUGAUCAGCUUUCGCAGCUGUUGAUUCAAGCCUCGAUGCGGCCAAGUGCAAAAUUGUCCACCAUUCCUUUUUUGACUCCUUCCCAGCUCUCACUCCUUCCUGAUCCACGCCAGGAUCUCAAUUGGACAACUUGGCCCGGUCCCAUUACUCGGAUCUUUUCUGCCAACGCUCAACGACACCCUGAAAAGCUCUGUGUAUCAGAGCAUCUCAUCAGUCAAACUGCUGGUGACCUAUCACAACCACCCCAAAAUCGUCUACGGACAUUCAAUUAUCGGCAGAUCGAUCAGGCAUCCAACAUUCUUGCUCACCAGUUACUGGCAGGUGGCAUUGAGCCGGAGGAUGUAGUGACCAUAUACUCAACCCGUGGUGUGGACUUGGUAGUUGCCAUCGUUGGUAUCCUCAAAGCUGGCGCUACAUUCAGCGUGAUCGACCCAGCUUAUCCAAAUCAGCGUCAAAAGAUCUACCUACAAGUCUCUCGUCCUCGUGGUUUGAUAGUCCUAGAGCGCGCCGGUAAAUUAUCUCAAGAGGUACAGGCAUAUAUUGAUGAAGAGCUUGAUAUCAAAUUAACUAUACCUGCUUUAGCUCUGCAAGAUGAUGGUCACUUGUUAGGAGGUGUUUCAGCCUCGGGAGAAGACCUACUUGCACCUGUACAAUCAACAUCAGACUCAGCACCGGAUGUUUCACUAGGUCCGGACUCAGUUGGAACACUUUCUUUUACCUCUGGAUCCACUGGUAUUCCUAAAGGUGUUAAGGGCAGACAUUUCAGUCUUACUCAUUUUUUCCCUUGGAUGGCUACCGAGUUCAAGUUAGAUAGUAAUAGCAAGUUCACCAUGCUAAGUGGUAUUGCACAUGAUCCAAUCCAACGUGAUAUCUUUACCCCACUCUUUCUCGGAGCCGAAUUGCAUAUUCCUACGGCUGAAGAUAUUGGUACACCUGGCCGACUUGCUGAAUGGAUGGAUGAUACUCAAAUCACUGUUACUCAUCUUACCCCAGCUAUGGGACAACUUCUAUCAGCACAAGCUACUAGGAUUAUACCCUCUUUAUCAAAUGCUUUCUUUGUGGGUGAUAUUCUUACUAAACGAGAUUGUACACGACUUCAACAACUUGCACCCAAUGUUCAAAUCAUCAAUAUGUUCGGUACAACUGAGACUCAGAGAGCUGUAUCGUAUUGUCCUAUUCCACCUAUCUCUCAAGAUUCAAUUUACCUUGAUACUAAAAAGGAUAUCAUCCCUGCUGGUCGAGGUAUGAAGGAUGUUCAAUUACUUGUUGUGAAUCGGUUCGAAAAAAACUUACAGUGUGGGGUUGGAGAAUUGGGUGAGAUCUAUGUGCGGUCGAGUGGGUUGGCAGAGGGUUAUUUGGGUCCAGCGGAGGUCUCAGCUGAGAAGUUUAUGCCGAACUGGUUUACCAGCAAUGGAGCCAUCGGGACCGAUGCUAAAUCGAAUCAAAUCGAAGGCAAGUGGCUUGGGGUUCGAGAUCGGGUCUAUAAAACAGGUGACCUGGGAAGGUAUCUCCCUGAUGGUACUGUAGAGUGUGUGGGUAGAUUAGAUGAUCAGAUCAAGAUUAGAGGUUUCAGGAUCGAAUUAGGAGAGAUUGAUACACACCUUUCACAACAUCCAGCCAUUCGAGAAAAUGUAACGUUGGUAAGAAGAGACAAAGAUGAAGAAAAGAUCUUGGUCAGUUACUUUGUACCGAUGAAAGGUCAAGAGAAUGAACUAAUUAGCGGAAGUGAAGUCGAGGAAGAAGAAGAAGAAGAUGUUAGUGAACUUGAGAAAGGAAUUCGAAAGUAUCGAAAAUUGAUUAAAGAUAUUCGAGAGUAUCUUAAAACUAAGUUACCUACUUAUAGUAUCCCAACACUUUUCGUACCACUGGUUCGUAUGCCACUCAAUCCGAAUGGAAAGAUUGAUAAACCAGCUCUACCAUUCCCAGAUACAGCCAAGUAUCUUACCGCAUCACAAGUCAAAAAUUCGAAAAAAUCCACUUCAACUACUGAACUCACUCAAACUCAAUCUACCAUUCAAUCAAUCUGGCAAACCUUAUUACCUAACAAUCUUUACUCAAAUUCAAUCAUUCCAAUUGAUGAAAGUUUCUUUGAUCUAGGUGGUCAUUCAAUUUUGGCUACUAGAUUAGUAUUUGAGAUUAGAAAGAUGAUGGCUAUCAAUGCUCCACUUGGUCUCGUUUUCGAAAACCCUACCAUUGGUGCUUUGGCUCAUCAACUCGAUCUCUUGAAGAACACGGAUUUUGGUCUAGCUAAGGAUGAUGAAGAGAAGACAGGCGAAGAAUCAAAGGCAACAUCAGAUGUGGCCACAUUUGAUUAUGCAGCUGAUUCAAGGAUGUUGAUGAAGACUUUGAAACCUCGCUAUUCAAAACCUCAAUGGACCGAUGAAACACCCAAGACCGUAUUGCUUACCGGUGUUACAGGAUUUCUAGGAGCGUUCAUACUUCGGGAACUCUUGAGCUGUCCAAAUCAGAUUGGAAAAGUGAUCUGUCAUUUAAGAGCUAAAUCAAAAGAAGCAGGUUUGGUUCGAUUACGUGAAAGCUGCGAGAGUCGAGGAUUUUGGGAUGAGAGUUGGAUGGCGAAUGGUCGAGUUGAGAUUGUUCUUGGGGAUCUUGAAUCCCGUCAAAUCGGAUUAAAUGAUGAUUUAUGGAAGGAAUUAAGUGAACGAGUCGAUCUAGUGGUCCAUAAUGGUGCAUUGGUACAUUGGGUUUAUCCUUAUUCAAAGCUUAGAUCUGCUAAUGUCAUGGCUACCUUGAGCUUGAUUGAAUUCAUGGCGAUUGGUAAAUCAAAAGCAAUGACGUUUGUCUCAAGUACGGCCGUUCUCGAAAAAUCUCACUACGUGGACCUUUCUGAUGUACUAGUACAACGUGGAGGACGAGGAAUACCAGAGACAGACGACCUUGAAGCUAGUGCUACCGGCCUCACCACUGGUUACGGUCAAACCAAAUGGGUCUCCGAACGACUCGUGAUGGAAGCUGGACGUCGAGGUUUAUGUGGAUCAAUUAUCAGACCGGCAUAUAUCGUUGGAGAUUCGAACACAGGUGUGACUAACACUGACGAUUUCCUUUGGAGGUUGGUGAAAGGAUGCGUACAAAUCGGAGCCAUCCCCGAUAUUCACAAUACGGUUAAUAUGCUCCCAGUUAAUGAGGUAGCACGAUUGACAAUGUUAGCAUCAACUCGAAAUCCGAAUGAUCUAAAAGUCUUUCAUCUCACUGCACGUCCCUUACCACGUAUGAAUGAAUUCCUCGAAACUUUGAAAGUUUACGGAUAUAAUGUGAUUAAGGAAGAUUAUCUUACAUGGCGAAUUAAAUUAGAACAAUCAGUGAUGGAUAGUGGACCUGAAGAUAAUGCAUUAUUCCCACUUUUACAUUUUGUUUUGAACGAUUUACCAACAAGUACGAAAUCAGCAGAACUAGAUGAUUCAAAUACAGUUCAAUUGAUUAAAAAUGAUGAUGGAGAUGAAAAUCGAAUGACAGUGAAUGCUGAAAGGAUCGGAAUUUAUCUGGCUUGGCUUGUUCGAGUUGGAUUCUUACCUAAACCGAAUGGAGAUGAUGCAUUCACAUUAUCCAAGGCAAACGAGCGAGAAGGAGUCUCAACUCAUUAG